UAUGCCCGCUGCGAAUGGCAAAUAUAGUUCUAGUGCUGCCGAAAAUAGGAAUUGAUUUGCAUUUCUGCUCGGCUUGAAAUGUUUAAAUGCGACUGUUUUUAAAUUUAAAGGAAUAUAUAAAGACUUCCAUUAGUGAUAGUUAUUAAAAUAGAGUUAACUUUACAAAAUUCGCACUGCCAAUAGCGAAAGCGUAUGUGUGUGGAGCCUCUCAGCAAGUAAAGGCGUGUGUACCAUCGUCUCCCUUGACCAAUACAAAAACUCGGUGCAAAGGGAAUGUAGGAGUGUGAUCCUUCAACAGCCUGUAGUGAGUGUAAGCUUUGUUGUUUCUGCUGCUGCUACUGCUGCUCUUGUUAGCCGCCGCCACGGUGGAGGCUGGCCUGGCUGCUUCUGCUGAAGCGCAAAUGGCAGACCCUCUGAGCGGGCGCUGCUUGUGAGAAUGUCGUAAUGGCCAGAGAGGAGUCUCGCGGCAAGAGACCACUGAAAAUCUGGGACAGUUGGCGGAAUGUGCGUAAAGGCGUUGUAGUUGGAACAUUCGAGGAGCUCUUGGUGCGCGGCAAGGACAAGUUGGGGGUUCCUGCUUCAGAACCAGUGCGCGUUGUUCUGGAGUGCGAUGGAACCCAAAUCGAGGAUGGCGAAUACUUUCGCACCCUGGCCAACAAUACGGUCUUGUUGCUGUUGAGGCAGGGCGAACGCUGGUAUCCAACUGGAGUGGAUGUCAUAAAGGCUGCCAUAUCAGCUAUACCGAAAAUCGUCUGUGAGACGAUCCAUGCACUGGAACUGCAUGAUGAGACACCAUCGUGGAAGAUUAUGGAUAACAAAGGGCGUGUCACGGUCGUCUUGCACUGGGAUCAGCGGCAGGGAGGGGGCAGUGGUGGAGGCGGCGGUGGGGGCGGCGUUGGCGGCGGCAACAUAUGCUCCGGCCUGGGGAGCAGCAACGGGCUGCUUUCCUCCGACAAGUACUCGCCCUCGAAGAAGGGCCUCUCCGCACAGAGUUCGCUGGACAACAAGUCGGUGUCGUCGCAGUCCUCGCAGCCGCGCUACGCCAGCCCCCAAAUAACGGUGAUCAGCGACGAGGGUCCGGCGAGUAUAUACCAUCCCGGCGGAGUGGUCCUGCCGCCAGGAGUUGUGAUACCCGGCGGCAGCAGGCGCCUGUCCAAGCAGGGCAGCUCCUUCGACAGCACCGUGGGUGUGGGGGCCGUGCACGUUCACACGCCGGAGUGCGCCCACCACGCCCAUACGCCAAGCAGGGCCGGCAGCCCCAGCACCACGGAAUGCGACUUCCACUGCUGCGCUCUGCACGAGGAGGGGCGGAAGAUAGCCGUGCACAAGAGCGUGGCCACGUCGCCCAUCCAGGACGGGAGCAGCAGUCCCCAGCCGGCAGCGACGCUGGCCAUGUCAUCAUCGGUUAUGGAUCCUAUGCUGGGCGGCAGCGGCAGUAUGCGGCGCUCCUCGGGCACCAAGGGUCACGUGCGUUUCCUGGACAUUGCCCCAGAGCGGGACAGCUCCGAGAGCGAGACGGAGAACACGGUGAUGGAGGACGACAAGACGACGACCGAGAAAUUUCUGCUGCUAAUCGAUCAGUUAUCGGUGGACCAGAAGCGCCAUCUCAGCAUCAAGGAUAUCGGCAUCAUCCUGGAGCGCCUCAACUCUAAGAUACUCGAUGUGGAGCGUCUGGAUCGCGAGUCCGAGUCGGAUGACUGCUACAACUGGACGAUAAAGGCAACAAUACGCGGCGAUGCGCUCCGCGAACUGGGCGUCAUCUACAAUGGCAACUACUACGCCAUUUCUGAGCAUCCCGGCUACAAGGAGGAGCUGGAGGAGAACGGCGAGGAGGUCGAGGAGGAGGAGGAAGAGGACGAGGAGGAUAGAAUUUAAACGCAACCAGAUACGGGCAAACGCAAACGCAAACCCAUUCAUAGCCACUAAAGAAUAAACACAUUUGCAGAUAGAUAAUGCUCAGAGAGGUAUCAAUAAACUAGCGCAUUUUACAAAUGAAAAACGAAAAUAAUUGGAAAACGGGAGGCUACAUCUCACGCAGACAGACAGACACACACACACAAAUGCAUACAGACAUAUACAUAUAUAUACAUAUGUAUAACUUAAUAUGAGAAUAUAAUAAUGCAAGUCGCACAUUGUACGAUAGUGAAGUAAGCAUAACAAACGUCAGUUCAGUCCCAAAAAUCCACACACGAAACCAGAGAAAGACAAAGACAACACCCCCCAUGUAAACGCAGUUUUUGUAGCACUUAGCGAGAGAAUUCCUCAAGACGGGAAAAGCGAUAUUGAAGCGACUAUCCCAACCAAACAACAGCACUUGCAUACCUACCAUCAUAGUAACUUCCCCAGAGCCCCAAAAUUCUCACCCACUUUGUUGUUAUUGUUGUUGUAUAAAAGUCAUGUCAUGUUCCGUGUACCGUAUGCCAAACGAGCCUUAUUUAGUUGGAUAGCCCAUAUACAUGCAUAUAGCCGACUCCGACUCCGACUACGAGCGUCACUUGCAUAAGUCGAAAUCUAAUCUAAAUCACGUGAACUCUAAGUUGCCAAAGAGAAGAUAACAGAGACUAUAAAUUGUUGUUGAGAAGAAAAACGAAAAACAAAAAACGAAAAACCAAAGAAUGAAGAAGAAAACUGUAACUGUAAACUGAAUUCAAAAUCUUCUAAAUGUAAAUCAGAAUUGUUUGUACUCGUAUUCCGUAUUCCUAUGUAGGAAGAUCCUCAGUUCCUUCAAUAUUAUCAUAUAUGCAUACACAUAUUGUUAUUUUCCCAUAAUCCCCCAUUCAGAAUCCUCAUGCGAAACUGCCGUUACUUGUAGUGUUGUAAAACGUUCAACGUUCAAGUGAAAUUUAAACGUGAAAAGCGUAAAAACAAGGGGAAACCAUAAGAAAAUGCCUGAUAUCGAAGUAUUACAUAUUGUAGCCUAUUGUCACACAUUGAGUUGAGCACACACACACAUACACUCACACAAAGCCCAACCAACACAACCCAACCCGUAGCCGAUUCAUGUACGUCCCAUGUUCCUAGGCGGAAAUAUCAGAGAAGGGAGCAAAUCGAAAUUAGAAUUAUAGAUGUGUGUGCAUCAAGGAAAAAAACACUGCCAAACCCGACAUCUCACUGUAGUAGAUCAUCAUAGCCAGAUCAUGUCCAGUUCCGUUCCCCGUUGAGUCUAGGCUUCCCGAUCCACUGUGAUCGUUCGGGUGUCACGAGCAGCAACGGAAGGGGCCCCUCAGCAUACAAACACAUACAACCAUACAUACGAGUAUAGGCAGAGUUAGGUAAGACGAAAAAAGCGUAUCGAUGUCAUUGGUUAAGCUAUAGAAUUGUUAUUGCAAAUGCGAAUGCAAAUCGAAGUUGUACAGACGGUUUUCGGCUGCGAUCGAGUCGAAACGAAGCACCAGCCAACCAAAGCAAUCGUUAUGCCGCGUGACGAUCGUAGCAAUCGUGUUUCUUCUCUUCCCUAGCAGUCGUAGCUGGUCUACGCUGCUCGCAACGAUCUCGCUCGGUACCAAUGGGCCUUACACACUCCACAGUUUCCAAACUUUCCGUUGUCUGAUCGAAGUCUGUUCCGAAUGAUCCGAACAGCGUGGUCGUGCGCUUUGAGAAGCAUAAAGAACCAAAAGAAAGCAAACAAUGGACAAAUAACGCAAUCUCUUCCACAGUUAAGAUCAAUCACACAUCUGUCUUCUGCCAAAAAAUAAAUAAACAAAAAUAUAAAACAAAGAACAAUGAACAAUGAAAAACUAAGGUAAUAACGAAAUGAAAUAAAAUGAAAUGAUUCUUUAACAUGCAUUUGUCCAAGGCACAAACUAGGCAUUAAACCGAAAAAUAUAUACAUAGAUAAAAGCGAGGCCCUAGUAUGUAUAAAUGAAAAAUUGAUAAUUGAUAACGAUAAUAAGUGGAAAGUUGAAGUCGAGCGAGGAGGAAGC